AUGGUCUCCAAUAUCGAGGAUGUUAUCCAUCGUGGCGAGGCACUGAACAUUCUGGAAACACGAGCCAGCGACCUAUCGGAUAUAAGCAAGAAGUACCGGGAAGAUGCACGAUUGCUCAAUCGUAAAAGCACUCUUUUCAAGGUCACCGUGAUCACUUGUCUUCUGGGAUUUCUCGGUCUGCUUGCACGCUUUUUAUUCUGGUAG